ACAGGCAGCAGACAAUAUGGCUGAUUCCCAGUUGAUGUGUUUGGACGAUAAUCACAUUAAUAUUAGCAUUAAUGACAAGAAUCCACAAUUCUUUUACUGUGAAUCACAACGGUUGGCUCUGGAGGAACUGCUGGAGUCUAAGGCAGUGGAUUUCAACAAGAUUAUCAAGAAACAAGGCUUAAAGGAGUUUCUAUCCUCUAAGGAAGUGAAGAAGAUCUCCAAGAAUUGGGAUAAAUAUAAGGUGGAAAAGACGGACUCUCCCCAAGGUAAGGCAGCAGAAAGUGACGACUCCCUCACCUACUGGCCAGAACAGAGUGACAUCCCGAUACCCGAGCUGGACUUGGGCUGGACGGAGCACGUGGCCUAUCGAGGGAUCACCAGGGCCACCAUCUACAUGCAGCCCCCCAGGAACAGCGAGCCUUUCAUCAAAGAAGUUGUGCGGAAGUUGAUCCAAGAGGCGAGGAAGGUGCUGGCGGUGGUGAUGGAUGACUUCACGGACCAGAACAUAUUUGAGGACCUGGUGGAGGCCGGUUACCGGCACAGGGUGGCCGUCUACAUCGUGCUGGACCAGGGCAACCUGACCUACUUCCUGGAAAUGUGCCGCAGGAUGGAGCUGAAGGAGCUGCAGAUCCGAAACAUACGAGUCCGUUCCAUUGCUGGCACCGGCCUCUACUUGACAGCGGGACAUGUGAAGGGCACUUUAAAUGAGAAGUUUAUGAUCGUGGAUGGCGAUAAAGCCCUUUCUGGAUCUUACAGCUUCACCUGGAGCUGCGCCCGGCUGCACCGCAGCAGCCUCACCCUCUUCACCGGGCAGAUCCUGGAGGCGUUCGACGCCGAGUUCCGGGAGCUCUACGCCAACUCGGACGCCGUGAACCUGCCCGACCAGCUGGGCAUCAGCCCGGGCUUCAGCCGCCAUGUCAGCAGCCUCGUCCCGCCCCGCUCCAUCGAGAUGCAGCGCAAGUUCCACAACCCCAAGUACCUGCUGGCGAUGGAGGGGUUGCGGCGGGCGGCCUCGGACAACCAGCUGUCCCCGGCGGCCGAGGACAAGGCGCCGGGACCCGGGCGCAACCUGACGCGAGACCGCAGGGGGACCCUCCGGGAAAGCCGGAAGGAGAACGACGGCAAGGGCAACCAGGCCGUCCACGAUUGGCUGAUCGCGAAUGACGUCAGAGGGCUGGACCAACCAGAGCCUCUGGAGGACCUGGUGCCCCCUCACAAGAUGCCCAAUGGGGGCAAGGUGGGCGGGAGCAGGUUCAGGCUGUCCGACUUGGGGAAGGCGAUCUCCCGGAGGGACAACCCGGAGCCGGCCUCCGGCAGCCCCGCGCCCGAGGGGCCGAGCGGCCUGAUCCCCAGCAAAAGCACGAAGAGCAAGAGGAAGAAGGAAGAGGCUGAAGUGCAGGACAAAGUCAGCGCAGGGAAGUCCAGUUCCACAUUCCUAGAACGACAAGUCAGCACGGCCACCACAAAGAAUAAAAAGGAGAAGUGCCGGAUUUCGUGAGGAGUUGAAGGCAGAGUCGAGCUGUAUGGAAACAGGCCCUUCGGCCCUUCGAGUCUAUGCUGACCAUCAACCAUGCACUUACACUAAUCCUACACUCAUUUUAUUCUCCCCACAUUCCCAUCAACUUCCCCCCAUGAUUCUACCCCUCACCUACACACUAGGGGCAAUUAAUCUACCAACCUGCACGUCUUUGGGAUGUGGGAAGAAACCAGAGGCCCCGGGGGGAAGCCCACACGGUCAGAGGGAGGACGUGCAAACUCCACACGGGCAGCACUGGAAGUCGGGGUUGAACCCUUGUUGCUUGAGCUCAACAAGGUGGGAAAAGGCAAACAUUUGGGGAGGGUUCACCAAUGGAUUUGCUUUCUUAACCUGGUGUAUCUGUUUGAUUUCUUUUUCUGGUCCUGUGUACCAUAUCGAUCUUAGGACCUGAAUGAGCUGCACAACACUGGUGUCCUGUGUGUGCUGUGAGCAGCUUUGUGGACAACAGCACCCCAUUGUGGCCAAGCGAAGAACUGUGUACUUCAUGGUACUGAGCUUCACUCUUCAGGCAGGUCCCACUUGCCUGGCUUGAGUUGAAGAGGCCUUUCAGGACACAAGCCACUGCAUUGGGUCUACAUGACCCUUUGUUGAGCAUGGGGGUGGUUGAAACAGCCAGAACAGCUCCUUCUGACCCCUCUCCCGAUUUCGUAUGUUAGGACACAGUAAGAGUCUUGGAUGAGAUCAGAAUCAGGUUUAUCAUCACUGACAUAUGUCGUGAAAUUUGUUGUUUUGCGGCAGCAAGACAGAGCAAGACAUAAAAAUUACUAUAAGUUUCAAAAAUAGAUAAAUAGUGCAAAAGAGGAAUAACGAGGUAGUGUUCAUGGACCGUUCAGAAAUCUGAUGGCAGAGGGGAAGAAGCUGUUCCUGAAUCAUUGAGUGUGGGUCUUCAGUCUCCUGUACCUCCUCCCCAAUGGUAGUAACGAGAAGAGGGCAUGUCCCAGGUGGUGAGGGUCCUUAGUGAUGGAUGCUGCCUUCUUGAGGCACCGCCUCUUGAAGAUGUCCUCAGUGGCGGGGAGGGUUGUGCCCGUGAUGGAGCUGGCUGAAUGUACAACCCCCUGCAGGUUCUUUCAAUCCUGCACAUUGGAGCCUCCAUACCAGGCAGUGAUGCAACUAGUCAGAAUGUUCUCCACUGUACAUCUGUAGAAAUUUGCAAGAGUCUUUGGUGACUCCUCAUGAAAUAGAGCCACUGGCGUGCCUUCUUCGUGAUGGCAUCAAUGUGCUGGGCCCAAGGUAGAUCCUCUGAGAUGUUGACGCUCAGGAACUUGCAGCUGCUCACCCUUUCCACCGCUGACCCCUCAAUGAGUUCAGGUUUACAGAGCGGAAGAGGAAGGCCAUGGUCAUGGUGUCAGCAGUAUUGGGUCUGGCUGGUAAAGCUCCAUGGUUGACUAGAUCUCAGUGCUUGUCUCCUGGGCAUGUGUACGAGUGAUCUCGCAUUGUGUGCACUGGGAGCGAUCACAGAACCAGCUCUGGCUUGAGCCGAGAAUAGAGAAGGCAGGAACCAAUGGAACUGGAACUCGGAGAAGGCCCAUACCAUUGAGGCUGGGAGUCAUGGGGUUUGUGCAGGAGAUAAGAGCUCGGCUGUGAUCUUAAUGCAUGGGAGAAAAGAUGCAAGGCUGAAUGGUGUACUCAUGCCUAUCAAACCAGGUCUCAUAAUGGCCUAGCACCCAAUUAAGCACAGACACAGUGAGAGUAUAGAUGUGUCAGCACCCACAGGGACUGAGGUACAAAUACAGCCAGCACCCAUGGGAUCUGAGGUGCAGACAGAGCCAGCACCCACGGGAAAUGGGACCCAGACAUGUUACACUUACUUCUAGGCCAAGUGUUUCUUGUCAGUAUUUAAAGCUGUUCUGAAUUCAGAGGCUUAAAAAUUCAUAAAUCAUGGGAAUAAUUGUUUGUAACCUUGAUAGUUUUCUAAACGGGGCUUGGAGUUGGGUCUAGCACGGGACAAACAUGACCCAAAUAAACGUACCAAUGCUUAAAAGCGACACAGGACUGUUACAUGAAGUAUGUGCACGAGACCUGUGCAAGUUUACUUUUUAUUACACUUUACAAUAACAAUGUGAAUAUGUAUGUUACAUAAUGGAAUGGCUUUACACAAAAUAUUAAAUACAAAUAUUUUGUGCAUUUCUGUAAUUUUGUUUAAUAAAAUUUACUUUGAGGACAUUUGA